AUGAAAUCAUUCAUCAUCUUAAUUUUUGCUUAUUUAGUGUUUUCUAAUGCAUAAAUUGCAAACAAACAUUAAAAUGAGGCUUAUCUAAUCACUUAAGGGAUCUUUAAUGCAUUUGGAAUUUAAAAUGAAAUAGAUAUUACUUAAGUAUUUUCAAAAAUUGAAAGUAAAUAUUACUUUGAAACUCUGUAAUCUGCUGUUAAUCUUCAAGAGUAACUUGAUGAAGAAUCACUAUUAGAGGGAAUAAAAUUGAUUGGAGUUGCCUUACAAUAGAUUCCUGAUUCAAUUGACAGUUUAGAAGAAUAAACAUAAGAAACAAUAAUUAUAUCAAGUAAAAUUUUUCUAAAUUUCUUAAAAGAAAUACUCAAUAAUUUGUUGGAAUAACUCAGAAAUCCAUUGAGAUUCCACUUCCAAGACAACAUUGAAGUCUUUAUUAAUGGUGUUAACAUUUCUUAAGAUUUAGGUUAAUUCAUAUUUAUAAUAUUAGGUAAUUCAUUAUAAGAAUGGCAAAGUGAGAAUUAUGAAGAGUAUGGUAAGGAUAUUGGUACUGUUUUGAUCAAAUUAAUGCUUAGAUUAGAAAAUUUAGAGGCUGUGAUACAUGAUUCAACUAUUAUCUUAAUUAUUUUUGAUGGAGUUAUGGAUGGAAUUUUGGAUGCAAGUGGAAUAAGAGGUUAAGACAUCAGAUAAUGUAUUGAUGGAGUUAAUAUUAUGGUUAUUGAUUUUGAAGAAUCUAUUAGACUUCUUGAGACUGGUUUACCAAGUAAUGUGAUAUAAUCACUUUAAAUCUUUGGGGAUGGUCUUUAACAUUUCCCUCAAGCAUUAGAUUAAUGUAAGGCCUCAAUCAAAGAAGCAGCAAAAUUAGCUAAAUAACUUAGGGAUUUAAUAAAGGCUUUAUAAAAUCCAGUGUCAUUUGCUUUUCAUAUUGGAAUAGAUCUUAUUGUAAAUGGUAAAGAUAUAUACAGAGAAGUAUGAAAUAGUUUAAUAAAAUAGAUUUUCACUGCAGUUGAUGACUGGAAGUAAGGAAAUUGGAAUGAUUUUGGAUACCAAUUAGGUAAAGCCAUGUAUUAAAUCUUUGUUGGUUAACAAGAUUAUAAAUCUUGA